UAUUAAAUAUAAAUUUUUGAAUUUUUAUUUAUUUUUGUAUUUAUCAAUAUUAUAUAAUAAAAUAAUUAUAUAUAUACAGUUUGAAAAAUGAAUGGAAAUAAAAGAAAAGAGGUUUUAAAAAAAAUAAGAACACCAAUUCCAAGACAUCUAACGCCAGAAACUUGUUUAUACUGUAGAUCUGAAACUAGGACAGGGUGGAAAAUAUGUUGGGUAGUAAGGGAACGUGUUGAACCACGAUCAACUCUAUGUAAUGAAUGUGGUCUCCAAUAUAUUCAUAAAAGAUUUGAACACAUGCUUUCAAAAAAAAGCCAAUAGAAAACUAUUAAAUUAAAAAAUAUUUAUUGAUUUAUUUUUAAAUUUAUAUAAUCUAAUAAUAUAAUAUAAUUUAAAUAUUUCUAAUUUAAACUUAUUCAUUUUCACUCACUCACUCACACCACACUUACCCAUUCACCAUUCACCAUUCAUUCACUCAUUCAUUCACUCUUAACAACAUUAAAUAUUUAUAUAUAUUUCAAUUAAUUCUAUAAAUACUUUUAAAAUACAAACAAUAAAAACUAUUAUUUUUUAUAAAAAAAUU